UUUUUUCAGCCUUUUAAAUCUACACAGAUAGAUACAAGGAAAAGUCAGCACUGUCUGUCGCUUCUUCAUCAAAAUUCAGAACAGAGCAUAGCAAAAUCAUUUUGUUGAUUGAAAAACCAUAAACUGAAAUCUGCUGAUAAAUAGGCAAGCCAGAAGAGGGACAUGGGCGACGCUUAUUUAUCUUUAAUUAACCCCUUAAGUAGCCAAAUCUUGGCCCUUGUUACCUCCUUGACCAAAGACGGGUAUGAUCUACUUCAAGGUGUCAAGGCAGCAGCAGCAAAGCUCUCAAGCAACUUAACGGCCAUUGAAGCUAUGCUUAAAACGGCAGAAGAGAAACAACUGGAGGAAACCCAUUUGAGUGAUUGGCUUGGAAAGCUAAAAAUUGCUGUCUGGGAUGUAGAGGACGUAUUAGAAACGUUUGAAACAGACGUCUCUCUUUGGAAGAGAAAGCAGGAGGUAUGUGGCUUUAAGUCUCCUUUCAGUCUCAGUAAAACUUCCUUUGAGUAUGAUGCUGCUAAUAGGAUUAAAACAGUUACUUCAAAACUGGGACUUAUUGCUGAAGAGAAAAGAUUUCAACUUGAUGUUAAUGUUGAUGUGAGGAGGCCUUUAAAAAAACUGCCCACUUCUUCUUCUUCUGUAGAGACUGCUUGUGUUUUUGGUAGGGAAGAUGAUAAGGAGAACAUAGUAGAUUUGCUGCUAUCAGAUGAAUCUGAUCAACAAAAGAAUGUUUCCCUUUUCCCCAUUGUCGGAAUGGGAGGCCUUGGCAAAACAACUCUUGCUCGCCUUGUAUAUGAUGAUAGCAGGGUAGUGAAGCAUUUUGAACUUAGGAUGUGGGUCCCUGUUACAAUAGACUUCAAUCUUACAGAGAUUAUGAGAGAGAUGAUGCAUCUGGGUUCUGAUCUAUCUCCAUCACUAGUAGAGCUUCGCUGUCGAGAAUUUUUGCGCGGAAAACGGUUUUUCCUUGUUCUAGAUGACGUCUGGUCUGUGGACUACAAUGAUGAUUGGAAGCCCCUCUUACAGCUUUUAGAAAUUGCCCAGUUUGGUAGUAAAGUUUUAGUUACUACUCAAAACCAAAAGAUAGCAGAGAUUAUAGAGACACAGCCAGCUUACUUGUUAGACUGUUUGCCUGAAAAUGAAUGUUGGUCAUUGUUUAAGAGUAUUGCAUUUAGAGGUGGGAAUUUGCCAAGCUUGGUGCAGAAUGAUUUGGAAAACAUUGGCAGGGAAAUUUUAAGCAAAUGCAAUGGUUUGCCUUUGGCAGUAAAGGGUAUGGGGAAUAUCUUGCGUGGUAAUGUUGAUAUAAGUAAUUGGCAGAAGGUUAUGAAUAGCAGCGUAAUGGACCUAGAGAACUCAAAAAAUUCACUUAAUAUCUUAGCUACUAUAAAAUGGAGCUAUUAUUACCUUCCUUCUCACCUAAAGCAGUGUUUUGCAUAUUGCUCCAUAUUUCCCAAGGGCUAUAAGUUUGACAAGAAAGAGCUAGUGAAACUCUGGAUGGCACAAGGCUUUAUUCACAGCGAGCAAGAAAGAACAGAGAAGAUUGGAAUGGAAUAUUUUGAUGAGUUGUUAGCAAGGUUUUUCUUCCAACACUCAAACAUUGAUGAUUUGCAGUAUGGAAUGCAUGAUAUUAUCCAUGACUUGGCACAAUCAGUUUCAAAUACAUAUUGUUGUCAAGUCAAGGAUAUGAAAUCAUGCAGCUUCUCUGAAGAUUAUCGACAUGUGUCAUUGCUUUGUGAAGAUAUUGAGCAAUCUUCCUUGAAGAUUAUCCGUUGUUCCAAGAAGCUGCGAACGCUUCUCUUACCAGGUGACCAUUCAAAAGAUUUUGGACAAGCACUUAAAAAAAUAUUCCAUACAUUGAGAUACAUUCGUACAUUGGAUCUGAGUUCGAGCACUCUCCUGCAUUUGCCAAAAUCUAUUGAAGAGUUGAAACUGCUGCGGUACCUUGACCUCUCGAAAACUAAAAUCAAACUGCUUCCUGAUUCUAUAUGCAACUUGUACAAUCUGCAAACAUUGAAACUGUUGGAUUGUCCUUGGCUUUCUGCAUUACCCAAGGACCUUGGGAAGCUAGUCAGCCUGCAUUAUCUUGAGCUAGAUGAAAUAUUUUGGUUCAAGUGCAAAUCAUUGCCACCAAGGAUAGGAAAAUUAACGAGUCUGCACACUUUGCCAGAAUUUCGGGUUGGCUGCAAAACUGGAUAUAGAAUUGAAGAGUUGAAGGACAUGGCAUAUCUCACAGGAACAUUGCAUAUUUCAAUGCUUGAGAAUGCAGUCAAUGCAGCAGAGGCAAAGCUUAGUGAGAAGGAGAACCUUCAGAAAUUGGUAUUUGAAUGGAGUAGCGCAGAAAUUAAACUGCAUGACCAAGCAGCUGAAGAGAUUCUUGAAAACAUGGUACCUCACACAAAUAUCAAGGAACUCCAAAUUUGCAACUAUACUGGCACUGGAUUCCCAACUUGGAUGAGAGAUGGAGUGCUUCAGAAUUUGGUCAUUGUCACAUUAAAACAUUGCACAAAAUCCAAAACCCUUACUCUUGGUCAGCUACCUCAUCUUGAAGCACUCAACAUGGAGGGGUUGCUGGCGUUAGAGGAGUGGCCAACUGUCCGUUGCCCUUCCCUGGAUAGGCUAAAGAUUUGUAACUGUCCCGAGCUACGAAAGUUGCCUGACAUCUUUCACAAGUUAAGAACUCUGGAGAUUAGAAGGUGCAACUCAUUAAAGGUGCUUCCUGUAGCACCAUGUCUGAAGUCUUUGAUGGCUGUUGACAAUCCUAAUCUGGAAGACCAGAAUGAAGUAAUGCUGCCAUCUGAAUCUGAAGGGGAAAUAUCUUCUCUAUUGAAAUUAGUAGAUUUGAGAAUAGAAAACUGCCCCAAGUUAUCAGCACUACCUGGAGUGUCGAAAAGAGCUGGAGAUAAGCAAGUGUAACUUGUUCAUGGCCCUCCCAUCAGAAAAGCAUGCACAAGAUCUUCAGCAUUUAGCAUUAGACCCACUUAGUGAUGGAACAUUACUGAGCAUGGUGCCCAUUAUUCGCUCUCUUUGCUCCCUUGUCAUAUCCAAGACAGCAAAUCUGGUCUUGACAUAGAGCUGCUUAAACCAAUUCAUAUCUAGUCAUGACACAAUUCAGCUGAGUAUUUCAUUCAAUUUUCUGAGUCAACUUCAAAGUGACAGAGAUGUGAGAUCCACAGUAUACUCUCCUUAACCAGAACAUGCUUCAAGUAUGUCAUUUUCUUGAUGUAUGUUUUACUAAUGAAAUGAGUGCAAUGUGCUAUUCUUGUAAAUAUUUUGAAUUUUUAUUUGGAACCACUUUGUUUUAGUUACCAAAUAUGUCUGUUUUAUGCAUAUAUCGAUAGAUCGUGUAAUUAUUAUGAUACAGCACAAAAAGCAUCAUUUGCAGAUCAUUGUGCUUUA